UGAGCCUGAGUGAUAUUUUGAGUGUACCCAGCAAUCAGCCACGCCCCUCUAUCCUUCCAAAAUGCCGAUGAUUGAUUCAGGAUCGAUCGACAUUAUCAACAUUGAUAAGCUUUUCGAAACAGCCAUGAAAGGCAAGUGGGACAAAGUUGUGUAUGCUUAUACCAACCUCUCCUGCGAAAUCAUAGAGCAUCAUAACAACAUGGAGACUGCAUUGCACGUUGCUGUAGCAUGUGGUGAGACAAAGCAUGUACGGGACAUAGUCGCAGGGAUACCCCAAGGCGAUCUUUUGGAGAUCCUGAAGAUGAAGAAUGAUCAGGGAGACACACCUCUUCACUUGGCCGCAGCAAUCGGGAACUUGGAUUUGUGUUGGUGCAUAUCUUCCCAAGACAAAAGCCUCAUUGCUGAAAGAAAUAAGGAAGGUGAGACUCCGCUUUUUCAAGCUGCCCGCCACGGCCAAGAGAAGGCGUUCUUUUACCUGCGAUACCGUUAUGGCGAGUCAGACAUUCCCCUGGACAUGCUGAUCAAGAAUGGCGAUACCAUUCUUCACUUUGCCAUCAAGGGAGAAUACUACGGGUUUGCACUUCGAAUUAUACAUUGUUACCCAGAACUUGUGGACACCAUGAACGAAAAUAAUCUGACACCUCUACAUGUACUGGCGCUUCAGCCCCGCUCGUUCCGAUCAAUUGGUUCUUUCGAUCUAGGCCCAUAUUCUGUCAUCCCAUACAUAUGCACAUACGUCCCAGAACACACAUGGGAUGAAGAGCAGGACAGAAGAGACUUUGAAGAAACUGGGCAGCGCAGUGGCAAUGAUGUUUCACAAUGCCCACAUAUCAUCAACGAUCUCUACCGCCUUAUAUUCUGUCGCGGCCGCAGCAAUGCAAGUGGUAGUGCAGAUGAUGCAGAGAAAAAUUUACAAGGACCAAAUCGAGGAUCGAUUAAUAAGAAAAUGGAUCAUUGCUGCGGACAAACCCUGGCAAUUUGCAAAGGACUAAUCGAGAUUUUGCUCUUCACAACAAGAUUUAUUUUGUCGUUCAUUGCAACCGUGACCUACGUCCCACUCCUUCGUGGCAGGAUUCGGGCGGCAAUUAGGAUGAGGAGAAAGCACUGCCUAGCUGCACAACUCGUCAAAAAGCUGCUUGACAAAGGGAAAGCUUCCAUGUAUCCUGAAGUUAAAGAAGAUGCAGCAUCAAGUACCUCAAAAGGCACGGGCAAUGAACCUACAAAAGAUCUGUCCCUGUGCGAGACUCCACUACUGACAGCGGCAAAGCUGGGGAUCUUCGAAAUGGUAGACUUGAUUCUCGACAGGUUCCCAGAGGCCAUUAAAGAUAUGGACAACAAGAGGAAGAACGUGGUGUUACUGGCAGCGGAGAAUCGACACGUGGGAGUCUACAUGGCCCUAGAGAGGCUGAAGUGGGUGCACCGGAGCGUCUUCUGCCAAGUCGAUGACGAUGGCAACAGUGCUCUGCACUUGGCUUCUCGGUACGAUGAAAAUCGAUGUCGGGAACUUCAGCAGCCAGUAAUGAAGAUGUCAAGCGAAUUUCUAUGGUAUCAGUACGUUAAAAACUCUAUGCCGUCAAACUCUUUUGCUGUAAGAAACAACGCUAGGCAGACUGCUGAGGAGAUCUUAAUCGAAUCACACAAAGAACUGAGAAAAGAAGCGCAUAAGUGGCUCACCACGACCUGCUCUGCGUACUCAUUGAUCGCAACCCUGACUGCAACGGUUGCCUUUGCCACAAUAUCGACCAUUCCUGGAGAGUACAAGGAUGAUGGGAGACCGAGACUUGAAGGGGAAGUCGCAUUCAAUGUCUUCUCCAUCUCUUCGCUCACCGCCUUCUGCACUUCCAUGUCUGCCACUGUCUUCUUCAUCACCAUUCUCACGGCCCGACAUGAGCUGGAGGACUUUACAGCAAUCCUGCCCUGGCAGCUUCAGUUCGCCUGGACCUCUCUCUUUGUAUCCAUUGCUAGCAUACUUGUCUGUUUCAGCUCGGGAUUCUACUUCAAUAUGGGGAACAUCAACAAGCUACACGGUUUUUCAUACCUGAUAUUCGCAGUGAUGUGCUUGCCAGUGACCCUGUUCGCCAUCAUUCAAUUCCCAGUGUACUUCCACGUAUUCGCCAUCCCUUCAAGGAGGAAGAAACUUCCAGCAUGACAUUGAUGCUCAUUAGUUCGAUCUGAGUCAUAUAUUGUCUGAAAUGCUGAUAAAAAAUCAUCUUGAAGAUUUGUUUUGCUUGGAGUGAGUGUUGUCUGAUUUGGUGUGAAGAUUGAAGAACUCAUGUCAAUUAUGCUUCUGUUUAAGAUCUAUACAUGUACUAUUAUAAUUUUGCAAUCAAACAUGUGAGUCAAAUUAACGAGUGGAUGCAAAAACUUUUUUUCUUAAA